CAGUUGUCAGGAGCUCUCAUUGGUCCACCAUUUCUGUCAUGGGUGUUGUUGGGAAUUCCCGCGUCCUGUUUUGAUUUUUAAUAUAGCGAUCAAGCCCUCAAGAACCUCAGAUCAACAGAAGAAAUCUUGUUGAGCGGUUCUCCGAGAGCUGAGCUCUCCCGAGCUUUGAUACCGGCUUUACUCGCAGACUUCUAGAAAUAUGCCUAUGACAAGAAUGCGUAUGAGACCCUGGCUGGAAUUACAGAUAAAUUCCAAUGCAAUUCCUGGGUUGACUUGGAUAAACAAGGAAAGAAAGGUGUUCCAGAUUCCAUGGAAGCAUGCUGCCAGACAUGGAUGGAGUAUGGACACAGAUGCAAGCCUUUUCAGAAACUGGGCUAUACAUACAGGAAGGUUUAGACAAGGAAUAGAUUCACCAGAGCCUAAAACAUGGAAAGCCAAUUUCCGAUGUGCCAUGAACUCACUGCCUGAUAUAGAGGAAGUGAAGGAUAAGAGUAUCAAUAAAGGUUCCAGUGCUAUUCGAGUGUACAGAAUGCUACCACCUGUUGACAGAUCAAAGCAAAAAGAAAAGAAGUGUAGGUCAACCAAAGAUUCCAAAAGCAAGAGUAGAAAGAGGGAGUUCAAGUCAAAGGUCAAGGUAGAGGUGACAGAACUUGUUACGCCUAAACUACCAGUUGAUCACACCACAUAUACUGCACCCGAACAAUCUACUUCACAGGAAAUGGUGGUUGACAGCACAGUGAAUAUAGGAGAGUUUUCUUCAUCAGAAUCAUGCCCGAUUGUUGAUUGGUCUAUUAAUGAAAUAGUUGGAGAAUCCGAAGAUCAGGUAGUCAGCACAUGUGACCUGUAUCCAUUUCAGAUCUCUCCCAUGCCCUCUCCUGCAGCAGCCAGCGCAGCUGACAGCUUUCUGACAACAGAUGAAGCUUCUGAAAUCACACAAGAAUCCAGUCAAUGGGAACACAGCAGCAUUGAAGGGAAAGGAUACCUCAGUAAUGUAAUUGGAACAAUGCCACUAACUCCUUUCGAGAAUAACCUUGUCACAAAUGAACAAGAAACAAUCUCCCAUUUGACAUUUCAGGAUGCCAAUUGGUCAGAUUCACCAGGUGGGUUAGAACUCAGGUUUUCAAUUGACAGAGGAGUGGACCUUCUGAACUGGGUCGAGUCAGUAAACUGGUCAAAUGGAUCUCUCAUCAGUUGCACUUGAAUUGAAGACCGUGAUGCAAUCGAGCAGUAUGCACAUGUGUAUGAGUUUUGCUUUCUCUCUUGCACAUUUUCUUAACAACGAGACUGUUAUCACAUCAGUAAGAUUCUAUUGCCACUGAGACAUGUGAACAGAAUUUUGAAGACAUGCUUGUGGUGCCAUUUUAAAAGUCUACCUGUUUGAGUCAUUGUUGAAGAAUGCAAAUAAUGCCUACCACGAGGAAGCCAAUUUCAUUGAGGCCAAGAAUGCCAUUUUGUGAUUGAGUAUCAUUUAACAUGUUUGCUGCUAUGUGAUAUCAAGUACUUUUAAUUAUCCAUUUAGUUUUGUCAUCAUCGGUUGCCUUAACUAAUAGGACUUUUUCUAACACACAUAUACAAAGACUGAAAAUGAGAGCAGCAAACUAAAGGUAUUUCAGAAACAAAUUACAUAUUGUCAACAAGCAUUAGAUUUGUCUGCAGUGUGGCAUUCACGUGGCAGAGAAACAUAUUUCUCAGAUCUUUUUUGUUUAACUGUAUAUAUGUAUUAAAAUAUGAAAAUCUUGUAAUCUUGGAAAUGUUUGCUUCUCUAAUAUCGUGACAGGAAAUCAUCAAUUAAAAACACUGAAUAAGGAGAACAGCAUUACUUAGUAUCUAUUAAUUGCCGUCGCAACCAUUUACGCUAUGUAAAAAUGAUGUACAUAUUAUUGUGUUGAUAAAGCUUUAGCUAACACUGGAAUUGAGUUGCUUUUAAAGUUCUGCUGUAGUUACUCAUUUGUGCAGAUGACUUACGUAGAAUGAUACAAUAUGUAAUUUGAGUGUUCUUUACUUAUUUCUGUUCCUUGAGAAACAUUUUUGUCUGGAAAUUUAUAAUUAACAUGCUCAACAAUGUUAUGUUAAAAAGUCCUAGUUGUGAAUAUUUGAAAAACUGUAUAUUUCUAAAUA